AUGACGGAAGGACGACAGGACACAAGUACAGGCACAGACACUGGCACAAACACAAAGGCUGACAGCUGGGCCAACUAUGCGGCCGUCGCCGACGCCUCUGGCCAAAUCUGCCAGCUGUACCGCCGCCUCCAUCGUCUGGCGCCCAUGUCCUCUUUGCUGCGCGACCUGCAUGCCAUCUUCGUCGCCGGCUUCAUCUUGAUGAAGUUGCAGGCAUAUUAUGAAUAUUGGAGCUGGGAGCUGGGAGCUGGGAGCUGGGCCUGCCGAAGGGUACCAUAUUGCCCCGUGGCUGCACACGUCACGAUACCAAUUGAUGAGCUGGGAGGACAUGGCACCUCCGGCAUGUCCGCUGGUAUCGAGCUGGACCUCGAGUCGGACAUCCAUGGAAUCGAAAGGCUGUUGUCGAGGGAGGGACUGGACUGGUUCACAGCGGUGUUUUAA